AUGUCGAUGAACUUUCCCUCAACUUAUAACCAAAAGAGAAAUUAUUGCCAUAUACUUGCAGGCAAAGGUCUUGGACCUUUUAAUAUAGCUAGGAAUAGCAACACAACUCUUGUUCCUCUGAACUAUGUUUCGCAGAGCUUGAUUCUAAUGGAAGAGCCUAAUUGCAACUCAAGUGUUCCUGUUGAUGCUCAGGUAGCUCUCACCAACAGAGAACUCAGAAACACUCAUUACUAUUUCCCAGAAAAUUCAAGGCAACACUUGAUAAUGUUGCCGACUCCUGAUGGCUUCUAUGACUUUAAAUGAGAUGCUCAAAACAAACAGGUUUUACAAAGAGUCAAUAAACCAACUGUAGUUGGAAGCCCUAUUUUUAAUAUUAAUAAGAGAAGAGAUUCUAAGUUUACAAGAACUAGAGGUGCUCCUCCUAAUCACACUGAUGACUCUUCAGGUGGCGCGCACCAAAACAAGAGCAUUCAUCCUGAGACUCAAAAUGCCUCUGAAUCUUCUACUUAUCUAGAAACUUUGGUUGCAACUUAUAAGAGCAAUCCUCGUCAGAAACUCUGAACUUGCUCUUUGACUUCAAAGCAGGCUCACCUGGUCGACAAAGUGAUGACCAUCAACAAUCUGGAGUACCUGCACAACCUGAGAAGUUUCAAUUACGGACUUAAGUUGAAGAACUCUCCUUCGACUGGAAGACCCAUUUACUUCUACGUUUGCAAGUUCAAAGGAGGCUGCCACAAAGAGUUCGAACGGAGCUGGAACUUGUUAGACCACUACAGAAUGCACGAGGGAAUCAAACCGUACAGCUGUCCAAUUUGUCAGAAAAAGUUCACUCAAAAAGGGAACAUGAACAAACACAUAAACACUCAUUAA